AUGCUCCCACCAUUAAUACCACCCUUCCGUUAUGCUACCGUUGAAGACGAAGUAUACCGCGGAGCAUAUCCCAAAAAACGAAAUUACCGCUUUCUUAAAAGACUUAAAUUAAAAACAAUGCUUUCUCUAACUCCCGAUCCGCCAGUUCUCGAAUUAUUAGAAUUCUGUCAAUCUCAAAAUAUUCGUAAUAUUCAUCUUCAAGUUAAUAAAGUAAAGGAUAAUGUACCCUUAGGUUAUAGUAGAGCUAUUCAAUCUGUACAAAUAAUUAUAGAUCCAUCAAAUCUACCAAUAUUUAUUCAUUGUUUAGAUGGUGCAGAUGUUACAGGCCUAGUCAUUGCUUGCUUGCGAAAAUUACAAAUGUGGAGUAUUCCUUCAUGUAUGAGUGAAUUUCUUAG